AUGUCGGAGUGGGAAUCCCCAUUUCCGAUUGAUUACACCCUUAUUCGCAGUAAAGAUGAGGCGUAUUGGGAUGCGUACGGAGCAACACCGAAAGCAUUUAUUCCACUGGAAACCGGUAAGCAACUUUGGAAAAACCGAUUCGGGGACCUCACUGCUAUUCGGAUGGGUAUUGCACCAGACGCAGACCUUCAAGCGACACGCACGCUUUUUGAAACAGAGUUCCUCAAAAAGAUUCAGCCAGAACAGGUUGGAUUUCAAUUCUUAGCCCUUCAAUCUGACGGACUUCAAGCCGCCGGCGGUGCAACAGAUUUCGGGACGCUCUUUAGCAGUCUGAGUGCUUUUAUCAUUAUUGCUGUUGCCUUGUUAGUGGGGAUGCUCUUCCGUAUCGGUGUAGAACAAAGGUCGCGUGAGAUCGGUAUAUUACAAGCGGUUGGUUAUCCGCUCACGAAGAUCCGCCGUCGGUUUCUUUAUGAAGGCGGCAUUAUCGUCGGUAUCGGUAGUCUAUGGGGGUGUCUGCUCGCUGUCGGGUACGCGCAAUUGAUGAUAUUCGGUUUACAAACGUGGUGGCUACCUGCCAUUGGCACCCCGUUUAUGGAACUUCACAUCAGCGUAUGGAGUUUGCUGAUUGGCGCACUUAUUUCGCUGGCUGUGGUGAUGCUCUCUAUCCGUCUGACUGUCCACAAAGUGGGAAAAACUUCCACCGUGUCCCUCCUCGCCGGUAAAGCCGAUUUUGUUGAGGCAGCUGUAGGAGACAAACCCAAAGGUAGGAGGAUGGGACCCCUGAGCUGGUUAGCCGCCGCGAUUGGGCUCGGAAUAGGUAUAUGGGUAGAACAGCCUGUGGUGAGUUUACUGUUUGUCGCACUGUUGGUUAUCGGUGUAGGGUCGGAGGUAUUCAAUAAAUGGUUAAAAUCACAGAAUGUGCCAAAGCAGCUGAACAGAGUGCGGUUCGCCGUCAGAAACGCGGCGCGGCAACCCGGACGGAGCAAGACCUGUGUUGCCACAAUCAGUAUAGCGUGCUGUAUUAUCGUUGCAGUAGGUGCGAAUCGACACGAUGCACCACCAGAGACUGAAUACGCCUUUGUCGCUGAAUCCGCCCUCCCGUUGCACCAUAACCUGAAUACACCGGACGGUAGGUUUGAGCUCGGUUUUUCCGAUAAAGCCUCUGAACUCCUGAGUGCGUCGGAGGUAAUUCCGUUUCGCGUAUUGCCGGGUGAAGAUGUCAGUUGUCUGAAUCUCUACCAGCCCCAGAAACCACAAAUUUUGGGUGCCUCUGAUGCGAUGUUAGACGGAUCCCCGUGGGUCAGCCUGCAUUUAAUGCCCACUGAAAACGGUAAAGCUCCUGCUAUCGGUGAUGAAAAGUCGCUCCGUUGGAUUUUGCAUCACAACCCGGACGAUGAUUUUAUCGUCCAAGAUGAAUUUGGAAAGUCGCUCCGUCUCGAACUUGAGACGGUUGUGAACAGUCUUUUCCAAAGCCAAUUGAUUAUCUCUGAAUCCAAUUUCACGAAAUACUUCCCAAGUCAAAGCGGAUACCAAUUUUUCCUCAUCAAAACGCCACCUGCUUUGCGGGACGAGACGGCGCAGGUCUUAGAGGAAACAUUAGCGGACUACGGUUUUGACCUUGCGUCUGCGUCCGCACGUUUGGCGAGUUAUCGAGCGGUUGAAAAUACCUAUAUCUCCACUUUUCAAAGCCUCGGUGGUUUAGGCGUGCUACUUGGUACUUUCGGUGAUCCCGAUCCAAACACCUCAAGUGCGUUGAAUCACAUGGAGCAGGGAUGGCGUUCCUACGAAUCGGGGGACUACCCACAGGCAUUACUCAGCUUUGAGCGCGCAAUUAACUUCGAUGAAAAUCUUGCGGAUGCCCAUAACGGUGUCGGAUGGAGUCAUCUCAGCCUAUCGCUAAAUCCGCCAUUGGCACAAGGUGCUUUCCAGAACGCCGUGCAACUCGAUCCGUAA